AUGUCUCGUAAAGAUUUAACAUUAAUCGAAAAAAUUUCUAUACUGGAAAAAAUUAAGGCCCAAUCUCAUAGUACUAGUCUUCGUGAGUUGGAAAAAAUAAUAGGCACGUCUAAAUCGGUACUAAGCCGAUUAAAAAAUAAUGAAAAAGAUAUUCGAGAACAAUAUGAAAAAUUAAAUGACAACAAAAGUGCACCUGUAAAUAGAAAAAGAAAACGAGAAGGCAAAGAUCCCAUAGUAGACAAAGCUAUGAACGAAUGGUUUUCUGCUGUUACAGAACGCGGUGUUCGUAUUUCGGGCCCUAUGUUACAGCAGAAAGCUGAAUUUUUUGCUGAAAAAGUUGGACAUAGUGAUUUUAAGGCCACAGAAGGUUGGAUAAGUCGUUGGAAGGAUCGGAAUAAUAUUAAAUUCAAGCGAUUUCACGGAGAAAAAUCAAGUGCUGAUACAAACGGAGCUAAUGAAUGGUCUUUAGCUAAAUUACCGGUAAUUCUUAAAAAUUUUUCUCCUCAGGACAUUUAUAAUGCUGAUGAAACUGGUUUAUUCUACCGAGCGACUCCGGAUGGUUCUUUGUGCUAUAAACGUGAAACACUUGAGGGAUCAAAAAAAUCUAUGGAUCGUAUAAUAGUUUUAUGUUGUUGUAAUAUGGCAGGCACAGAUAAAAAAAAACUGUUAAUAAUUGGAAAAUCCGCAAAGCCAAGAUGUUUUAAAAAUAUAAAAAUAACAAACUUACCUGUUUCUUAUUUAGCGAAUAAAAAUGCAUGGAUGACAGCAGAAAUAUUUACAUCGUGGUUGAAAGACUGGGACAAAGAGCUUGGAAAACAAUCAAGGAAAAUUUUAUUAAUUGUUGAUAAUGCUGGACCACAUCGAAACUUGAUAGAUUUAAAAAAAUAUCACACUUGA